GAUUUGCCUCUGAACGCGCCUCCUCCGCUGCCGCCGGUUUCUCCAAAGCCGGCAGCUUAAGGCAGGCAGGCGAUCCCGGCUUGCGGCGGGCUGGUUGGCUGCGAGAGCGAGCGGCGGAAAGCCGCCGCCUUUGCAAAAGCCGGCGAGGGCUGUGAUUGGCGUGCGCAGCUGGGGGAGCGCGUCGGGCUUGCAGAGGCGGGCGGGGAAGGGGAGUCGGCCAGGGCAGGCGGAGGGGCGGCGAAGGAGGCACAGCAGCAGCAGCAGCAGCAGCGAUGGCUCCCUCCGACAGCGUCCCCGCCGCCGCCGCCGCAGCCACGGGCCGGGGGCUGUAGGAGGAGAGCGCAGGCCAGCCAUGCUGUCCCGGAAGGGCAUCAUCCCAGAGGAGUAUGUGCUGACCCGGCUGGCCGAGGAUGUCCCGGAUCCGUCCCGCUACCGCGCCCGGGAGAGGAGGGCCCGCUUCGUGGGCAAGAACGGCGCGUGCAAUGUGGCCCACAAGAACAUCCGCGAGCAGGGCCGCUUCCUGCAGGACGUCUUCACCACGCUGGUGGACCUCAAGUGGCCCCACACGCUCCUCAUCUUCACCAUGUCCUUCCUGUGCAGCUGGCUGCUCUUCGCCAUGGUCUGGUGGCUCAUCGCCUUCGCGCACGGGGACCUCGACCAGAGCACCCGCCAGCUCCACCUGCAGCCGGGCGACGGGGGGGCGGAGGACUUCGUGCCCUGCGUGACCGACAUCCGCUCCUUCACGUCGGCUUUCCUCUUCUCCAUCGAGGUGCAGGUGACCAUCGGCUUCGGCGGGCGCAUGAUGACCGAGGAGUGCCCCGCCGCCAUCCUCAUCCUCAUCGUGCAGAACAUCGUGGGCCUGGUGAUCAACGCCAUCAUGCUGGGCUGCAUCUUCAUGAAGACGGCCCAGGCGCACCGGCGCGCCGAGACGCUCAUCUUCAGCAAGCACGCCGUGAUCGCGCUCCGCCAGGGCAAGCUCUGCUUCAUGCUGCGCGUGGGCGAUCUGCGCAAGAGCAUGAUCAUCAGCGCCACCAUCCGAAUGCAGGUGGUGCGGAAGACAGCCAGCCCCGAGGGGGAGGUGGUGCCCCUCCACCAGAUUGACAUCCAGAUGGAGAACCCGGUAGGGGGCAACAGCAUCUUCCUGGUCUCCCCGCUCAUCAUCUGCCACGUGAUCGACAGAAACAGCCCUCUGUACGACGUGGCCCCCGACAACCUCCACCACCACGAGGAUUUGGAAGUCAUCGUCAUCCUAGAAGGGGUGGUGGAAACCACGGGCAUCACCACUCAAGCCAGGACGUCCUACUUGGCCGACGAGAUCCUCUGGGGACAAAGGUUUGUGCCCAUAGUGACCGAAGAGGAUGGGCAGUACUCGGUAGACUACUCCAAGUUUGGCAACACUGUGAAGGUGCCCACCCCAAGCUGCACUGCCAGGCAACUGGAGGAAAACCAGAGCAUCCUGGACAGCAUCUCCUUCUCACCUAGGGGCACUAUUAGGAAAAGGUCUGUCAGGUUAAAGCCCAUGUUUUGCAUAUCCGAUGAACCUUCCUGACACAUAGAUUCAGCUCCUGUAUCAGACACAGCAAGCAAACAGGGGACCCCAAUGUGUUAUGCAGAUUGUGGUUCCACAAGGUAGGUAAGAUAUCGUUUGGUGCAAGACAAAUGUGUGAUUCAGGACAUCUAAGGAAAACUGAGCUUGAAUCAUCUCCCUUUGACUUUCUUAUUUAUUUGCACAAACACUUGGAGAGGAUAAACUGAACAGAAAGUCGCCUUUUUUGAGAAAUCAUUUUCUAUGUAUUAAGUUGUAUUAUUUAUCCAUAGAUUUGAUAUGUUUUUAACUCUUAUUAUAUACAAGCAUCUCAGUUCAAGUACAGUAGUAAGUUAAGUAGGCUUAAUAAUAAAGAAAUAACUUAUUAGUAUUUAUGAUA